CAGGAGCCCCGCGGCCAGUGCGCUCGGCAAGAAUGGAAAUCCCGCCAACCCACUACCCAGCCUCCAGGGCGGCCUCGGUGGUGGAGAACUGCAUCAACUACCAGCAGGGGACCCCGCACAAGGUGUUCCAGGUGCAGACGGUCAAGAGAGCCAGCAUGGAGGAUAUUCCAGGAAGAGGACAUAAGUAUCACCUUAAAUUUUCUGUGGAAGACAUAAUCCAAAAAGAAGUAACAGUCAACUGCACAGCUGAAGUGCUGUACCCUCCAGCAGGCCAGGACACCGCGCCUGAAGUCAACUUCACAUUUGAAGGAGAAAUUGGAAAGAACCCAGAUGAAGAAGACAACACAUUUUACGAAAGACUCAAAUCCAUGAAGGAACCACUAGAAGCACAAAACAUCCCAGACAGUUUUGGAAAUGUACCUCCAGAAAUGAAGCCAGUUCGACACUUAGCCUGGGUUGGCUGUGGUUACAUAAUAUGGCAGAAUUCUACAGAAAACACGUGGUAUAAAAUGGCAAAAAUUCAAACUGUCAAGCAGGUGCAAAGAAAUGAUGACUUCAUUGAAUUAGACUAUACCGUUCUACUUCACGACAUCGCGUCUCAGGAGAUCAUUCCUUGGCAAAUGCAAGUUCUCUGGCAUCCACAAUAUGGUACUAAAGUCAAACACAGUAGCCGUCUGCCCAAGGAAGCACAUCUGGCAUGAAGGAGGCUCCUGGCGACGGCAGGCAAUGUCAACAGGCCACUAAUGCCAUGCAUGCGAGGGCUCGCUGGUAUCUAGCAGUGGCCAAACAAGUCCCAGAGGGUAACUGUAUAUUACCUUGAUUCCAGUAUACAGCCAUAUAGAUCCCAGAACCAAAAGUGUCACUACAUAAGCAUGUCUGUGUAACCGUAGCAGUGGUGGGUGUACAUCAUAAUAAAACUUCCCUUUUGGCCUCAUAACAUUUAAUU